GGCUGCACAGGGAGGAAGUGAAAGUGUCCGCCUACAUAAAUAAGCCACAGAGCAGUCCCAGCCCACAUACGGACCCCAACUUGCCGCUGUCCACUGCACCCACAGCGCUGGCCGCACACUCAGCCCUCUACCACAGCAAUGGCUCAGUCACUGGCCCUGAGUGUCUUUGUCCUGGUCCUGGCCUUCUGCACCCCCUGGACCCAAGGCAGUGAUGGAGGGGCACAGGACUGUUGUCUCAAGUACAGCCUAAGGAAGAUUCCUGCCCAGGUUGUGCGCAGCUACCGGAAGCAGGAGCCAAGCUUAGGCUGCCCCAUCCCAGCUAUCCUGUUCUCACCUCGGAAGCGCUCUCAGGCAGAGCUAUGUGCAGAUCCUAAGAAGGCCUGGGUGCAGCAGCUGAUGCAGCGUCUGGACAAGCCACCAGCCCCACGGAAACAAGUCCCAGGCUGUAAGAAGGAGAAGGGGACCCCCAAGUCUGGCAAGAAGGGGAAGGGCUCCAAAGGCUGUAAGAGUGGUGUCUACAGUUCCCCUUCGCAGAUUGUGUCCGCUUCUGAUCACCUGAGCAGGCGGCGCCAAUUUCGAUUGAGAAUAGUUCAUCCUCCUCGCCAAGCGAGAUGCCAAACUCCACUUGGCAGUGAGAUGCUCAUUGCCCUGCUCCGCCACCAGGAGGCAGCACUGUCGCAGCGGUCCUCGGCCCGCUAAUGGCAAACAACAGGCUAGUGGAUUGAAUUUUCUUUUCUCAUUUCCUUCAUCUUUCUGGAACCAGUUUCCUUUAAUUAGUUUUAUAUUUGUGCCUCAUAUAUGCCUCAUGAUAGGCCAGAGGUCUAGAAUUUUCCUGUGCCCACUGAUGAGCCAGCCAAACACUUUUUCCGUGUCCGGGCUAAUGCAUCGCGCCCAGCAUCGCGUCCGGCACAGAGGCUCUCAAUAAAGUUCCACUGAAUAAAGAAACCUUUUGUUAAAGUUGGCACCGUCAUUAAGUGGCUUAAGGAAUCAAUCGGGUGCAGGUUAUGUGGCCGCUGUGCUGGGCCUGGAUAACGGCCGCCAGAGGACUUCCGAGACCCACGCUGUCCGCAGGUCCCACAGCCCGUCUGCCCUGCGCACGCCCGGCCCACACGCUCGACUUCGGAACCCGAGGAGGCAUGGAGCGGGGAGAGUCCCAGAGGCGGUCCCAGGCCCAGGGACUUUGGGCCCAACGCCCAUCCCAGGCUCUCUGAGCAGCCCGCCCGCUCAGGGUCGCGUUCCGGCCCUGCGAGAGCAGCAAUCCAACCCCACUCCAGAGCGUCCCCCCCCACCGCCACCCCUCCGCCGCAGCCACGUCCCACCCCAAAGCCCCUCUUCCCAGGCUGGGGCGCCCUCUGCGGGCUUGGGAGGGGAACACAUCCGGCGCAUACACAUGUGAACACACCGCCCUGUACACCACACACACAGAGGGGUGAUGGGCAAACCAGUUAUGCACGGCCCCACGGACACUUGAGAUACCCACAUUCAGCCAUUCAACAAACACUAAGCAUCUAGUUGAGGUCCUCUGUCCAUAAUCAUUCACAGCCCUGAUCUCCCACCCCUGCCACAGACUUGUUUGACUUCCCAGGCCCAGCUGCUCCCUCCCCUCUCCCAGUGACUAAGUGCCCUGCACCCAAGAUCUCUGACCCCUGGGGUAUGAAUUUGGUCAGACCAGGGAGCAUGAAGGUGGGCAGGCUCCCUGGAGGAGAGGAGGGCUAGGUUGGGCUGGGCUGCUCUGAGCUGGGAGGAGAUUUGACCAGGGUUCACACUGAACUAGAAAUUCCAGAAAGGCGAUUUGGCUGGGAAGAGGGUGGACUAGGGGAAGCAGGUAGCACAGUGAGGGCUCUGUGUGUGUGGUCAGAAACUGUUUCCAACUCAGUCCUUGGCUUCUGAAACACCCUCCUUGGAUCAUCUAAACCACAGGCUGGGGAGGGGGUGCUUUCACCUUCCACCCUCAGAGCCCACAGGGUACUGAUAUGACAGCCCCUCCUUCUGAUUCUUCUUCAUCAUCACCGUGAUCUAUCAGUGUUGGGGAGCUUCAGGACUUGAAUGGGCCUCUUCUAUCUACACUCACUCACUCCCUUGGAAAUCUCAUUGUCUUAUGGUUUUAAAUACCAUCCAUAUGCUCCCAAAUUUGUAUCUUAUUCUAGAAUCUCUCACCGAACUUCAGAUCCAUAUUACCAGCUACCUACUUAACAUUUCCACUUAUAUGUCCCAAAUGCAGCUUCAUCUUCACAAGUCAAAACAAA